AUGGAGGUACAAACAGAUUCAUGGUCUCCGUCUAAUUAUUCCUAUCACGCUCGAUUCGUGUCAACUAUCCCUCAAGACCUGAUAUCUUUACUAUCUCCUAAAUCACAUGAACGGAUCUUAGAUCUCGGUUGUGGUGAUGGUGUACUCACUUUUCAAAUUCAGCAAAUGUGUAAAGAAUGUAUUGGCAUCGACAAAAGCCCUCGAAUGAUUGAAGCCGCACGAGCUGCAGGAUGUAAAGACGUUAGAGUUGUUGAUGGAGAAAAAUUGAAAGAGUGGACUAUUUCUGAAGGAUUUGAAGGAACUUUUGAUGCUGUGUUCUCUAAUGCUGCGCUUCACUGGAUCAAAAAUCAAGAAGCUGUGGUGGAAGGCAUUCGUACAUGUCUUAAACCCGGUGGACGUUUGGUAUUAGAGAUGGGUGGUAAAGGAAACGUGCAAGUUAUUGAAAGGUCAAUGAUAUCAGCUCUCGACAAACGCGGAUACAAUGGUGCAUCUCUUUCACCGUGGGUCUUUCCAUCCAAAGAAACCUUCUCCGCAUUACUCACAAACGCCUCAUUCCAAAUUUCGUCAAUCAAUCUAUUUCCUCGUCCAACUUAUUUACCAACUAAUCUUCGUGGGUGGAUUGAUACUUUUGGAAAUCCAUUUAUACAAAAUUUGGAUGAUAAAGAGAAGGAAGACGUUAUAAGUGAGGUAAUUGAGAUGUGUAAACCUGAAGUUUAUAACGAGAAAGAUGGAAGUUGGAUGAUUAUGUACGUUAGAUUGAGAGUUCUUGCAUAUCUUGUUUGA